AUGCUCACCCAGCGGUGGCGUGAGACGGCUGCGGAGAAGCGGGAGAUGGACCGGCUGCAGGCUGAGAUGGUGAACGAGGUGCGGCAGGCGGCGGAGGUGCACCGCCAGGUGCGCGCCUACGUGCGCACCAUCGCCAAGCCGGGCAUCCUCAUGACCGACUUGUGCGAGAAGCUGGAGGACUCGGUGCGCAAGCUGAUUGACGCCAACGGCCUGAGCGCGGGCAUCGCCUUCCCCACCGGCUGCUCCCUCAACUACGUGGCCGCGCACUGGACGCCCAACAGCGGCGACAAGACGGUGCUGCAGUACGACGACGUCAUGAAGCUGGACUUUGGCACCCAGAUCAGCGGGCGCAUCGUGGACUCCGCCUUCACCGUGGCCUUCAACCCGCGGUACAACCCGCUGCUGGAGGCGGUACGGGAGGCCACCAACACGGGCGUGCGCGAGUCGGGCAUCGACGUGCGCCUCUGCGACGUCGGCGCCGCCAUCCAGGAGGUGAUGGAGAGCUACGAGGUGGAGCUGGAUGGCAAGGUGUUCCAAGUGAAGAGCAUCCGCAACCUGAACGGGCACUCCAUCGGCCCCUACCGCAUCCACGCCGGCAAGAGCGUGCCGAUCGUGAAGGGCGGGGAGGCGACGCGCAUGGAGGAGGGAGAGUUCUUCGCCAUCGAGACCUUUGGCUCCACCGGCAAGGGGUAUGUGCGUGAGGACCUGGAGAUCAGCCACUACAUGAAGAACUUUGAUGUCGGGCACGUGCCGCUGCGCCUGCCCCGCGCCAAGCAGCUGCUGGCCACCAUCGACCGCCACUUUGGCACGCUGGCCUUCUGCCGCCGCUACCUGGACCGGCUGGGCGAGGAGAAGUAUUUGAUGGCUCUCAAGAAUCUGUGCGACGCGGGGGUGGUGGACCCCUACCCGCCCCUCUGCGACACCAAGGGCUGCUACACCGCGCAGUACGAGCACACCCUGUACCUGCACCCCACCCGCAAGGAGGUGCUGUCCCGCGGCCCCGACUACUGA